AUGGGGACUCGUAUUAAGCAGACCCUGCAAGAUCGCAGGAAGGGAGAGCUUGCUCUCUCCGACUUUGCCGACUAUGUCGAGAAACAACAGGCCAAAAGCCGCACACAGCACGCCGAGUCCGCGACCGAAGACCACGCCGAACUUGACAUCCUCGACUCGCUGAAUCUCUCCGAUAGCCCUAAUCAGGUGAGACUGAAAGACUGGCUGCUUGACACCUCGGACAACGCGCAUAAAACACUGCAGCAGUUGUCGGAGCUGCUACAGUCCAGACUAGAUGAAGGGCAUGGCGAGGCGCUGUUUGAUCUUGGGCUCGAGGAUAAUGGCGACUCCAUGGGCUUCACCAAAGAGCGGUGGGAUCUUGCCCUAGGUCGGAUUACAGAGGCGGCGAACAUGAACAAGGCUGCGGUCAUGGUGCUCUUGACGUACAACGUGGGCAGCGACCAUGAAGCCAAGUCGCAGACGAAAGACAAGUCUUGCCAUGGCAAGCUGCUUAUCCGGCAGGCACCAACGGCCGCCGAAGAGGUCAUCGAGACCCGGAUAGCGGUGGUCGGCAAUGUUGAUGCUGGCAAGUCCACCAUGCUGGGCGUCCUCGUCAAAGGAAACCUCGACGACGGCCGAGGCAAGGCUCGAGUCAACCUAUUUCGACACAAACACGAGAUCGAGUCUGGCCGUACCUCGUCUGUAGGCAUGGAAAUCAUGGGUUUCGAUACCCAUGGCCAGGUCGUUACGUCUAGUGUUCCUGGCCGUAAGUUGACCUGGGGAGAAAUUGGCACCCGGUCAGCCAAGGUCAUCACGUUUACGGAUUUGGCGGGUCACGAGAAGUAUCUCCGGACCACCGUCUUCGGCCUGCUGUCUUCUGCGCCGAAUUAUUGUCUACUCAUGGUUGCCGCCAACAAUGGACUUAUCGGCAUGUCCAAGGAACACCUCGGCAUAGCUUUGGCCUUAAAUGUCCCUGUCAUGGUCGUGAUCACCAAGAUCGAUAUCUGUCCACCACAGAUCCUGGAGCAGACUAUCACGCAGAUCACAAGAAUCCUCAAGUCUCCUGGCGCGCGAAAGAUUCCGAUCUUUAUCAAGACACACGAGGAGACUGUCAUGACCGCAACACAGUUCGUGUCGCAACGAAUCUGCCCGGUGUUCCAGGUCUCGAAUGUGACCGGAGAAAGCCUGGACCUUGUGCGGACCUUCCUCAAUAUCCUCCCGCAUCAUGGCCACUACGACGACCAAGCACCUUUCGAGUUCCACAUCAACGACACAUUUUCUGUUCCCUUCGUGGGCACGGUUGUUUCGGGCGUGGUUAAGUCUGGUGCCAUUCAUGCUGGUGAUAACGUGCUUGUUGGUCCCGAUUCACUGGGCCAAUUUCAGACCACCAAGAUUCGCUCGAUUGAGCGGAAGAGAAUACAAGUACCGGCAUGCAGCGCUGGUCAAUCUGCGUCGCUCGCGCUGAGAAAUCUACGGCGGAAAGACGUGCGCAAGGGGAUGGUCGUGCUACCGAAACUCGACGGCCCGCCACCCAAGGUCUACCGUGAAUUUGUGGCCGAGGUACUCAUCUUGUCUCACGCAACUACCAUCCGCCCGAAGUACCAAGCCAUGUUGCACGUCGGCCCUGUCAGCCAGACUUGUGCUAUCAUCGAUAUCGAUCGCGAGUAUAUCCGGACAGGCGAUCGGGCUACAGUGGCGUUCCGCUUCGUGCAGCGACCGGAGUUUCUCUGUGUCGGCGAAAGGAUUCUGUUCCGCGAGGGGCGCACAAAGGGCUUGGGAAUUGUCAAGUCUCUCGGAUAUCAGGAAGGGUCGUUGAGCAAGCAGGUUCAGAUUGGCGAGCCCGGGGCCGAAGAGGAGGAGAGCGGCAGGCCGCCCGAGGACAAGGCCCCCAUGACAGCAAAGGUCUCCUCACCAACAUCUGCAAUGACAAAUGGAAAGGCAAAAUAG